AUGGACGGCGACCCGGCGGUGGAGCCCCAACUCGACUCCUUUAGCCUUACCCUCCCUUUGCCAUACCGUGUUGCAUUGCUCGUUGUACUUGGAGUCUGGGCCUGGGGCGCAAAUCUGCAUUAUCUGUCCAAAGCGAAAAUCGAUGUCCCCCAAUUAAUUCACUAUCCCCCGCGCCUUCAACGCACCGAACCUCCCCAUUACCUGACGACCUACCGCCUCGCGCUGAUCCUCACCCUCCCCUUCACGAUCUCUCUCCUCCUUUUCUGGGCGCUCUCCCACCGCUCGCCCUCUCUCGUCAUCUACUACGACUUCCUCCCUAUAACCCUCCUCGUCUAUAUCCUCUUCAUAUUCUUCCUCCCGGUCCCGCGCUUCUCGCCCUCCGGCCGGCGCCGCUUCUUGCACACCCUGAAACGCGUCAGCCUCGGCGGCCUCGCCCUCGCGCACGAUGGCAAAUUCGGCGACAUCCUCCUGGCCGAUGUCCUGACCUCCUACGCCAAAGUCAUCGCCGACCUCUUCGUCGCCCUCUGCAUGUUCUUCCGGCGCGAUGGCAGCGCCACCGCGCGUCCCGAUCGCGCGUGCGGCGGGAUCUACCUCGUGCCGCUCCUCAUCGCGGCCCCGUCACUGAUCCGCUUCCGCCAAUGCAUGACCGAAUACCUGCGCGUGCGCGCCUCCCUAUCCUCCUCCUCGUCGUUAUCCUCGCGCACCACCCCGCCAGCCUCGGGGUACGGAUACCAGCACCUGGCCAACGCCGCCAAGUACCUCAGCGCAUUCCCGGUAAUCGUAUUCUCUGCGCUGCAGCGCGAUCUCGGGCCCGAGCACGCCCACGGCAUCGCCCCCACGACGCUGUACCGCUGCUGGCUCUGCGCCGUGCUAUUCAACAGCCUGUUCAGUUUCUACUGGGAUGUUGCUCGGGACUGGGAUCUCUCUCUCUUCUCGCCCGCGCCCUCCUCUCGCACCCAUCAUCACCGGCUCCUACGUCCAUACCUCGCAUUCGGCGCACCAGGUCUUUACUACCUAGCCAUCCUCGUCGAUUUCAUACUGCGCUUCUCCUGGUCACUCAAGUUAUCGCCGCAUCUAGCGCACGUCGCUGAUUUCGAGAGCGGCAUCUUCGCGCUUGAGUUAUUGGAGGUGGCACGCAGGUGGCUGUGGAUCUUUUUUAGGGUCGAGACGGAGUGGGUUAGGCAGUCUGGUGGUGGUGGGAGUGGGAGUGGGAGUGGAGCCAGGUUGGGGGCGAUCGGGCAGGAAGAUGUGUUGUUGGGUGAUUAUGGGGAGGAUGGUGCAGAGGGGGAAGAGGGGGAGGGGUUGUGA